ACAAACUGCCGAGUGCUGACUGUGUGCUGUUGCUCAGCUGUAGUUGUCCGCCAGCUAUCAUUGCGGUCGCUGCGUACAGCUGCAACUAUCGCGAUAAAUCACAACUAAACUAUUGUUUUCGGAAAAAUCAUGACUUAUAAACUAAGCCGCUAGCUCCCUUCGGCGGCUCGUUUCGGCACUCGGGCCCAAAAUGUAAAGAGUUUCUUAGAUCCAGUGUGUUUUCUGCUAGGGUUCAGAGAAAUUUCACGCGCAUUUUUCAAGUUUUAACUUUCAAAGUUAGUCAAUGUUUCGUGGUACAUUUGUCACAUAAAAAGCAACAAUGCAACGUUGUAAAAUAUGUAAUAUGGUGGUGGAGUUUGUUAACAAAUCGUUCCCAUGUAUAAAAAAAAGAAGAAGCAGUUCCUCGAGCAGUAGCGACCUGGAGUCCAUCUACAAUGAUUUAGGAGACCAGGACACUCUGAAACUCGACGACCGAUUCUCGUUUUCGGAUGAUUCCUUAUACAACAUGCAUCGCGAUGCCAGAGUGAUUCUGGUAACCGAAGCGGUGGUGUCCACCGACCUUCCACCCCAGCACAAGCACAGAUGCACUGGCAAGUUCAGGUCCUUCCACAAACGCCGCAAGAGGGCGCCGCUGCACGCCAGUUCUGCCGCCCCGGCAGAGGUGGACACGCAGUACAUGGGGCAAGGACAGUGCAUGCUCCGCCUUUCCCUGAAAUGGCGGUUCAACGCGUUUGCCCUGGAAAACUUUACCGGAGGGCGAGCCUUGCCAGUGCUGUGUCUCCACUUGUUCCACGCGUAUGGGCUCAUAUCUUAUUUCAACCUCGACACAGUGAAGUUGUGGAAACUAUUCAGCACUAUGGAGGCCGGGUACCACAACACCAAUCCGUAUCACAACUCGGUACAUGCCGCAGAUGUGACCCAGGCUAUGCACUGCUUCUUGCAGCAGGCUAAGAUUAUGCGCCACUUGGAGCCUUUGGAGAUAAUGGCGUGUCUGAUUGGCGCUAUGGGCCAUGACAUGGAACAUCCCGGCGUGAGCCAGCAUUUCCUGAUUGCGACCGACAACUAUUUAGCGCAGUUCUAUGAAAACAAAUCUGUGUUGGAAAACCAUCACUGGCGUGCGGCUAACAGUUGCCUGAUCGAGAGUGGCGUGAUAGAGUCACCAGAGCAUUGCAAGGAGCUUCAGCUUCAGAUAAAGUCACUUAUUAUGGCGACGGACAUCACCAGGCAGGAUGAAUUCUUGGAUCGAUUCCGGACAUAUUUGGACACAAACAGCCUCGAUAUGGCGAACAAAGAGCAUCGACACCUGGUCCUGCAAAUCGCUCUGAAAUGUGCUGACAUUUCCAAUCCAUGUAGACCAUGGGAUAUCAGUAAGAUGUGGAGUCUAAGAGUGUGCGAAGAGUUCUUCCGCCAAGGUGACUGCGAGCGCCGCAUGAAAAUUCCCAUCACAUCGCUCUGCGAUCGUUUCAUUGUCACGAUUCCAGCGAUCCAGGCAGGUUUCUUCAAAUUUGUAGCGAAACCUCUCAUGCGUGAAUGGCACCGCUAUCUACAGAAUGACCUUUCUACACUUAUGAUAAAAAAUCUAACGUAUAACCAAAAACAAUGGGAAAAUAUGCUUGCUCUAGAAUUGAGUAAAGGCAUCAAAAUAAAUGUAACUGAUUCCGACCUCCUCGAUGAUUACUUGGACAGUUGCUCCGACAAAGACGUGUCAGAGAGUUCAGAACUACUGUUACCAAUACGUAAAACUUCGCUAAAGAAAAAUAAGCCGUCUGGUCUGAAGCAAAAGUUGCGUCGUUUGUCAGCACCGUUACACGCUCUACAGGAUUCACUUUUUAAGUCAAAAGGCAAUGAUCGCGCAUCCACAUCUCCCGCAGCACACGGAGCUACCCCGCUGGGAAGUCUUCAAUCCAUUCACUCGCUGUUGCACGAGUAUGGACUAGUCAAACAUAUGGAUGCGGAAGAAAAAUUGAGCGCUCAAAAACUGCUGCCCAAAACUUCUAUUGCAUCGUUGACAACGCCGGCGCAGGCUUCACGGCUUAGAACUGUGUUUAAGAAUGGCGGCUCGUGGAGACUAGUCCGACAGCAGAGUUUCCCGCCUCUAGACUCAUCCCGUAUUAGUUCACGUUUUAGCCGAUCACUCUGUGCAAGCGCUGACGACGCCAUAUAUGCGCAACGUGACAAAGAUGUAUUGCAAACCGAGAAAAUAAAACGCAAGACGAAGAUAGAAACCAAAGAAGAAAAAGUUGAUGCAAUUUCAAACAAGAUACGCGAAAGUACAGAGAUACGUCGCGUACAAAAAAAGGAUCUAAACCUUCCUUUAGAGAAGUCCACUCAGGGUCUGCGACGAGACUCCCUGCCAGUCGGCACUCAGUUUCGAGACAACUUGUCUCAAUUUAAAUUGAAUGCCACCGACGAAAUGCGCCGUCGUAAAUCUAUGCCUACUGUGACCGUUCCAUAUGCUCUAAAAGAGAAAAAGAUACGCGAGGUGACCGCGGCUAUCCCAGAACUCCUGCGUCGCACUCUCUCCGUGAAGGACAACUGGUCACGUCGCCGAGGGUCCGCGCCGGCCCCGGAGGCCUCCUCCGAGUUCAGGGGACUCGCCUCUCUGAACGCCCUGCGCCACAGCGUCAACGGGGGCUGUCCCAAGCUCUGCUCCAUAAUCACCUGCCAACAGUGGCUGGCCACGGCGACAAACAACGUGCAAGAACGCACUUUCCAACACGACACGCCUCGCCGCGGUUCGCUCCCCGCUGAGGUGAUUUCAGGUAUUUCUUCACACUGAACCGAAGAAAUCUAAGGAGUAUUAAACGCCUAUAAUAAUGUAGGUACGCGUUGCUCUUUCAUUUGAUAUUUUCUUUUUGACACAUUUGCUUGUAAGAACGCCAUUUUACGUAUUUUAUGUCUGCGACUAUAGCUAUUUUUAUCAAUAUAAAUGUAAUAUGAUAAAUAAAUUACACACACUCUCACAUCACUCUUCACGAAUACUAGUAAUGUGGUACCAAGUGGAUAUUUUCGUCUUAUAUUAUUUAUAAUUUACAGUGGGAGCAUCGGAAACUUUAAUAGUUCUUGACGCUAAACAAGAUCGUGAACCGAAGUUUUCUAUACUCCUUAAACCGCGGCUAGUGUUGCCAGGUGUCAGGAUAAAGCCGGACAUAGGUUUUCUAAUCCGUGUCCAGCCGGAAUAAACGGUGUACGGAGUGAACGACUUGUGUGUGGGAACAAAAUUUACGGUAAUAAUCAUGAAUGCUUGAUUUUACACGAAAAAAAUCUUCGUACCUACUAAUACUGACACACGCAGUAAACAAAACCUCAAAUGUACGCUGUGCAGUCAUUUUACCAAAAUGUCAGGUCAAAUUGGGUGGACUGUCCGGCUUUUAAUUUCAGCGACCUGGCAACCCUAACUGAGUGUUUUCAGUUUCGAGUGAUUUUUACUUCCAAAUGUUUUAUAUAUUAUUAGUACAUGUGUACACUUAUAAUGUAAUUGUAAAAUCUCGGUCAGCGCUAUAAUAAUCGCGCCUUGACCCAACUUUGCACAUGUGCUUCUAAUAUCUUAUAUCACAUAACUUUAGUAAUAGUAGGUACUAUAUCAUAUAACUUUAGUAAUAGUACUCGUUAAAGUUACAUAUAUUUCUUAUAAUCAUAUACUUAUUAGAGUUUAAGCCGUUUAAUCUAACAUUGAUUUUCUUUCGCCUCACCUGAGUUUCGUCGGUAUUCGGAAUCAAUAGUAAGUUCCUUAAUCAUGAGUUUGUUUUUGAAUGGUGACGUAUAAGUCACGUGAACGUGAAUUGAUUAAACAAAACAAUAGAAAAGAAUAGAUGCAGGCAACGUUUUUCCUUUUUUUCGUUUAUUACUUUAACCUCUACCAAGUAGAUAACUUAACCAUAGGACACGUACUUACAUAUACCUACUGAAAGAAAUCUUAAGGCAACUUUAAACGUAUGUUUCGUGUGUGUGUGUAUUUGUGUUUUUAUUAUUUUGCCAAAACAUUGCCUACAAUUUUAGAGCUGGUCUCUUUAACUUAUAGAUCGUAUAUGGAAAUAUUAAGAGAAGAGAAGAAGAAUAGAGAAAAAGUUUAAUUAAAUUAAAAAUAAUUCUAUUUUUUUUAAUUACAUUCUUUGCAAAUUGGCUUUCUUUACUUUUAAAAGGUCAAAUCUGUUAAUAAUAAUGGUUAAGAGUUGAUAUCGUAAUGAACCCUUGUAAAAAACAGAAUUUAAAUUUCCAACGUAUCGUUCGUUUACUGGUAACUCUUGCCUACCCUAAUCGAAUACCUUGUGCACACUGCAUAUUUAACAUUACCAACUAUCUUGGGAACGGGCGUUAAAAAAAUUCUUAUACAAAAAAUGCAUUCCCAAGUAUAUGUUACAAAUAUAUUCACACGACAGUUUUUUAAAACACAACGCUUUUUUAUCGUGCAGUAUUGCAUUUUAAAUUUUUGGUUGGACAUAGACUGAAUUAAAUUAUAUUACAAAUAAUAUUACAAAACUGCCAACGCUGGGCUUUUAACGUUACGCUUUUUUAACUCUCGUGCGAAUGAGGCCUAAGUUCAGUCAAUAGUAUUUUAUAUAGCUACAGGAUACAGUGAUUUUAAAUUUUCUUUUUUGUUGUUUUUUUGUCUUAGUUAUUAAAAAUGAUUAAUUACUAACGUCUCAUAAGGUGAUAGUUUUAUUAACAUUAAAAUAUAAGUUUAGUCAUAAGUUCAUACUAAAAAUGCUAUACGAAAUAUGAAAUUAUAUGACUAAUAAUUGUAAACCUCCCAAAAAUUUCGAUCGUAGAUUUGACCUGGCGCGCAAAAUAGCCACUAUUAAUCUUACAAUCACACUUUAUCUGAAUAUGUGUGUGAGUGAAUGGAAAGUUAAUUUUAUUCAUAAAACGUUGAGCACUUUUCUGACAUAUAAACUUUUUGCUAAUAUUUAAAAAGGUACCGGUCGUUUUUAGAUGGAUGAUAAAGGUUUUAUAUUACGCACAUGUGCGUAAUGAGAUACAUUAAGAUAUUCAAUCUGGUGAAAUAAGAGAUACUUUACGAGCAAAUGUGUUAUAAAAUAUGUAAUUAUUUAGGAAUAUAAAUAAUAUCAAUAAUAAUAAAUUUAAAAUCUGUCGCACCGACUUUAUUAGAAAUGUGCUCAGUGCAGGAAAUAUUAUAUUGUUCUUUCACAAAAAAUAUGCCAAAAAAAUAUACUAUACAAUUUGUAGAUUCGAUUUGUCGUCUAUUUAUUCAUAAAUAUCUUUGUUAUAAUAGUUCACUAGGCUCCAGAUACAUAUAACUAUAUAACUUUAUUGAUCUAUCAAUUUAUAAAUCCGAACUUGGUCAGUCAAACUGAAAACAUCAGCGCUUAUACUUGUAUGUAUGGAGACCUAGUAAUUAAAAUAAUGUUAAGACAAUCAAUGUUUUCAUGUUUAAUGUAAUCAGUGAUAUAUGCUGCUUGUUAAAUAGUUUAAAUGUAGUUGCGUAUUGAUAACUAUAUUCAAAUUUAAACAUCACUGUAGAGUUAUUUACGUUAAUAUCCACUUGUAUCAUAAUAAUGACAAUUUGCCAUUUGACAGGAAUCUUAUCUUUUGAUUAGAAAUAUGGCAGUGUUUGAAACCUCCUUAUUAAAAAAAUAUUGACUCCCCACAAAUCAGACUGUUCUAUACUAUUGCUUUAUGAAAAAUGAUCACAAACAUAUUUAUAUUUAUAAGAGUAUUUUAGAUUUUUGUAGUAGACACUAGGUCAAUUACUGGUUGACAAUCGUAAUCACAAUUACUUGACUUUUAUUUUUUUUAUAUUAUUUUAAACCCACUUAAAUUAUUAUUUAAGCCUUAAACACAGCUUUGAUGCUUGCGUUUGUUAUAUCUUGAGUUCGUAACAUCAACGCCCUGCAACUGGUUAUAUGAUACGUCUUAGAUAUAGAUAAUCCAUGAAACAUCUAAACUGUAAAUAUAUAGCAGGGCAGGGCUGCAAACGCGAUUAACGUUCCCAUCACAAAAACUGGUCACAGAGAAAAACUAUCACAAAUUAAUUUACGCUCAAAAUAUUUCAGCACACAGUAUAAUACUUCAUAGACGUAAUAAAUAAAUGUAAUGUGUUUAUCUUAUCUAUAAUAUAUAAUGUGAAAAUCUUUGCACUUCGCACUCGCGCUUAUAUCAUAAAGGAAUAUUUUUACUUCUGACUACUUACGACUUGCAGUUGUAGCGACUACCGCCGCUGGCAGUCUGAACUAAUCCAGGAUUUUGUACUCCUUAACUUGUAUAUCGCUAACUAUCGCUAUCGCUAAAUGAAACUAGGUAUUUUCUACAUUUUAAACUUCCUUCGUUUCAAAUUCAAAUUCAAAAGAAGUAAAAUAUUGCUGGGCUUUAACAUGAUAAUGUUAAAUUCAUAAAUAUUAAACACCAUCUGAUAAUCAUUAAAAACAGAUGUUAAUUAUAAUGACCGACUCUUCUUGACCUGCUCUUCGAGCCAAGGCGGUGUAACACCUCCAACUUUCCAACUCCGGGCUGAGAAUUUUAACUGAAAUGUUCUCAGAAUAAAGAAUAACCUCGGAUCGGGUUCCUGGACCUCUGAACCUGGAGGUUCGAACCCUCGGUUCGAUACUGAGACAACUCAAAACCUCAGAUCCGAAACCACUUAGGCUACCUACUAGACCAACGAAUACUAAUAAUUACCAAAUGUACAACUUUCAAGUUCGUUGAAGACACUCCCAUGACAUGCGGGCCACGGGGAGAAGCAUUGCGCGGGUGUAUAAUCGUGCGCGCGGAGCAUCGCUAUUCCCUCCCGGCCCGCGUGGACCAUCGGGAGCGUUACGAACGAAUUUGCUAUGCUAUUUAUUUUCAUUAAUUUGACAAAAACGAACGAAAAAUUUUGAUGUGCCAAAUUAAUCGGCAAGGCAAAUCAAGUAUGAUCAAAGGACUUAUCGCUGCUUUGAAUUUGGCUACAUUUUUUUUUAUCUAUCCAGGGGGAAGUGUAUCUAUCCACAACCCCUUCUUAGCAACACCCUUAGAUUGCACCCACGGGCUUUUAUUAUUAUUUCCAAAUAUACAAAUAACGUGGUUUGAAUAUAUGUACGCGCGUCUGUGAAUUGCAAGGAUUUUAUUAAUAAUAAUAAUUGUUAAGAUCUGGCACUUUCUUUGAACGUAGAAACUAAUGACCCAGUGUAAAUCUACGGAAUACACUUUGAUGUUGUGGUAGUAUAAAAUAUAUGUCGUUGCGAAAAUAUCGUAUUUUAAUGUUAAUGUUCUUUGACAACCCCUACAAAUCCUUUUCGAUGGCUUUUCCUUCAUAAACGUUAGGAAAACUUUUGGAUUUAUUGUAUUGCUUAUAAAAAGGAAAAUGUCAAACAAUAGUAAAAAUGUCUUUUAUAUUUUCGUGUGCGUUUCACUUUGUACAAUUUCAUGAUGUUUUUUACAAUUCCACUGGUGGUUGCAGGGAUUAACACAGUUUAACAAACAUACAAAAAAAACAACUUUUUAGGUUUAUAAAUUAUUUUCUUCAAUAAAUCUUGAAUGAUUGAAUCUGAUGUGAAGAUACUUAUGUGACAUUUUCCCUUUUAUGUCGUAUUUUACAAAAAAAAAUUGUAUUUUAUAGAAUAUCUACAUUAAAUAAUUAGUAAAUGUGUAACUGUAAUCUACCUAAAUUAUAAAAUCUAACAAAAAAUAUUAACACUGAAUUCUAAUUAUUUUUGGUGAUUUUUAUUUAUAAAAUAAUGAAAUUUUGCGUCAUUUAUUUUUUAUGACAUGCUGAGCCCAAAAUGUUCGGUCUCCUUUGUCGUACAGAAUCAAGCAAGUUCACUGAUGACAUUCCCAUGGUAUGCGGGCGACGGGGGACGCGGGUCGGAAAACGCGACCGAGGACUGGCAAAAAAUCAGUUUUUAUAAUAUGAAUAUCAAUAUUAUUAUUAUAAUAAAAUAUUUAAUUAAUCUAUAAUACACAUACUCGUAUAUUAUUAUAUCUAGUUAUGUUACAGUUAAUUAGAGAUAUCAGUGUGCCUAGUGGGAGUUUUCAAUAUUUUCAUACUGUUACUAUCACGUUGACGUAAACGCAAAUUUAUAUGGAAUUGAAACAGUUGUGCAGUAGUGCCACUAGAUGGCGGUGUUCCAAUUCCUUGGAAAUUCGCGUUUACGUUACGUGACAGUAACAGUAUGAAACUGCCACUAGGCCCUCUGAAGACUUAUUCGUAACGUAAUCAAUUGUGUCUAGCGGUCAACUUGUCAUCAUAUCAUCGAUACCCGCCCGCGACGCUCGCGGACCAUCGGGAGUUGCGUGUGAAUUUGCCUAAAUAAACUGUAACAUUUUGUUUAAUGGGUAUUGGGUACAUAAAAAUAAAUGACGUUCGUUUAAUGCUAGCCACAAACGGUCAAUUAUUCUCACGUUUCUGUUGCACCCACGAGUAUAAUUGAUCGUCACUACUAUACGUAUACGUCACGUCACGUACGUGACGUAUACGUAUAGUAUGUGAGUACUGCCGUUUGCUUUUCAGAAACGUGAGAAUAAUUGACCGUCAAUGGCGAUCUUUAAGUGCACAAAAAUUCAAGAGCAGAAUAUAAAUUGUUUUUUAUUGCUGAUAGAUAUAUUAAUUUACAUUUAAGUUUUUGUUUUCAAUGUCCGCGCUGGUAGCAUAGGUUAUAAUUUGUAAUAUUAAGUAUUGUGUAGCUCUUAAAUUUAUUAAAUUUCUGUUUCAUGUAAUAAUAAGUUCCGUGCAAGUAUGUGUAAAUAUGUAAGGUGGAUCGUUUCUGUAAGCGUCAAUAUUAUAUGAAAUAGUCAAGUCAGAGGCAUGAAAUUAUUCUUUAAAAUACUAAAUACAUUUACAAGUUUUACUACUACCCUUAGAAUUCACUAUAGUUAAAAAGUGCUCUUUUCAACUUUUAACUAAGUACUUUUUGAACUGUAAAAAUGUCCCACGAUAAAAUUAUAGUCAUAUUGUAAUUCCAAUUAGUGACAGUGACAAUGACUUGCUUGAUCACGUCUACGGCAACACGUGGUUGACGGCAUCGGUGGCGCAGUGGUAUGCGCGGUGGAUUUACAAGACGGAGGUCCUGGGUUCGAUCCCCGGCUGGGCCGAUUGAGGUUUUCUUAAUUGGUCUAGGUCUGGCUGGUGGGAGCUUCAGCCGUGGCUAGUUACCACCCUACCGACAAAGACGUACCGCCAAACGAUUUAGCGUUCCGGUAUGAUGUCGUGUAGUAACCGAAAGGGUGUGCAUCCUCCUCCUGACAAGUUAGCCCGCAUCCAUCUUAGAUUGCAUCAUCACUUACCAUCAGGUGAGAUUGUAGUCAAGGGUUAACCUGUAAAGAAUAAAAUACAAAAACCGAACUGUCAAAUUGAACUUUUUCUGACGAAACAGCUUUUACGGAAAACAUCGAAGAAUGUAUUCCGGUAUUAAACAUACGCAGCGCCGGCCCGAAGUAAAUUUUAAAAUGGAGCGAGAUCCAAUUAUGGCGCCUCUCCUGUUUGCUCCUAAUAAUAUGCAGAUAUCUACACCAAAUUAUGAGAGUAAAGUAAGAAUGGAACGCGAAGAUCUCGACCAUACUCUGGGGUGACCAAUUGAAAAUCAGGCACAGUACCGUCUACGGUUGACUUGGAUUAUCAUUAAGGCGCUCUCUAGGAUUUAGCGUCUAGACAAUUUCAUAUAAUAUUCGGAUGCUUAGAAGCGAGAGUCUUUGGUUGCUUUUUGCGAUCUAGUUGCUACGUAAAUUAUGAAGAUAUUGAAGAGUGUAUAAGCAGUUGUAACAUAGAAUCAUGACUUUUGGUGGAAUUGGAAUUUUGGUAAAAUUACUACAUCCGUAAAAGUAUUUUACACAUAAUGUACAUAAUCGACGGACGGAGUUUUAUUUAAAUAUUUUAGAGAGGAAAGAUUUGAUUGUUUGUUUGAAUUGAAUAGUCGCCGAAACUAGACAACCGGUUUUAAAAAAAAUCUAUCACUAUUGGGUAGCUACACUAUCCCCUAGUCCUAUAAUUUGUAUUAUAGUUUUUAAAAAUUAGAGGUCCUUCAUAAAAUUGUAAAUCUUGGUAUCUUGGUAUUAAUUCUUAUCAAUAAUAAUUACUUCAGAUUCAAUUAACUUUUUGAAUUAUUCAAUUCGAAAAAUAUCAAAAGUUUAAAAAUGUAAGUCGUCGCUCAACUCAAGAACAGCUGAACCGAUUUGGCUGAAAAUUGGUAGGGAUGUAGCUUAGAAGCAGUAGACGAGCAUAGGGCACGAGGGGUAGGGGUAGGGUAGGGAAGAAGUGCACAUAAGUCAAAGCGACCGACCGAAUUCGCUUGUUAAAUAGAUGGUCAUAAUCAAAGCACUCACUUUUAACUUCUGAUUCUAAGUUACACUGCUUAUUCUAUAUAUAGAAUGUUAAAAACAACUCAAUGGUGAAGGCGCAAAAAUGGUAAAAAUGUUGUACUUACCUAUAUAUUUUAAUAAAUGUCUUUUUUUAAU